CUGUGUAAGUGUAAAUUUGUGUUGCAGAACAUGCAACAGCGUUACACCUGUCAUGCCAGACAGCCACGAAGUCCUCUUUUCAACUGUGUUUUCCUUUACAAGCCACGCAUGACAGGUUUCCUCUGUCAUGUAGAGCAAAUUUGUGAUGCUGUUUCUCCAAGAAAGUUACACUUACACACUUUUUUUCCUGGAAAUGAUCAGAGCAGGAUGCGCAAUGAACGUGGCUGCACCAGGCUGCUCGAAGUGACGAGUCUGCCACCACCGCCAUUGACGAAAGACCGUAGUAUAGUAAAUCAAUCAACACGACGCUACUACUAGUAGCGAAGACGCAUUUUUGAUGCUGCCACCAGGAACAUUGUUGAAACAGAGACAGAGCCCGCCGGUGCG